AAAGAAUGAAACCGCGGUAGUGCACGAGGUGUUUGAGUCACGAAGACGUUGCGCGUGCAGUAAUACAAUGAUUUAUUAGAUCGCACCAACUCAAGUGCACAGUGUAAAUAAAUAGACGUCAUGGGACCUGACGUAGAAUUAAGUUUGAAGGGCACGGACCUGAGCGGUACCCUUGAACACUUGCGAAAUAUUUUGGUCAACUCCUUGCCGAGGGAAAACAUCGGCCAGCGGGAUAGGGAUAGGCUUAAGAGACAAGCCCGAUUAUCCCGAUCGUCUUCCAACGCCGUAGGUAGGUUAAAACAGAAUAAUAUUUUAGGUGCAACAAUGCACUGGUUUGCGUAUGUGGGGCCAGAUCCCCCUGAGUACGAAGACGAGCGGGAAAGUAGAUUAAAGUCAUUCAAAGAAAGGCAAAAUGAAGAGAGAUACAAGAAAUUGGAAGAAAUCAAGGCACACGCAAUGGCAGCGCAACGAUUUAAAGAGCAAAAGGAACAAGAAAGAAGAAAACGUAUGGAAGAGCUUAAAAUGAGAGAGGAGUCACAUAGGCAGCAGGUAGAAGAGCGGAAAAAAAUGAUCGAAGAUGCUGAGAGGGAAAGACUGGAGUCUAUUAUUAGGAGAAAUCAGGAAAGGGAAGCUAGGAUAGAAGCGAAGAAAAAAAAUGAAAGGAGUUCCAUGGUUUUUGCUUUCGGCUCGUCUACUCCGCGUAUGUUAGAACCUUUAGAUAAUGCUGCUUCUUUUUGGGGUCAUCGAAGGGCUACAUCAACACACAAUAUCACCUAUAACGCAGCUCCCCUUACAAGGCGACAGUCAGAAAGAGAACUAGAUGGGGGAAGUAAAAAAAGGGCUACUUCUGCUGGAGGUUUAGAAAGGUCAGAAGAUAUGAGAAUGUCUACGUCUAUGUAUGAGGUUUUCCAUUGGGAAGCCACGUCUGACUCUAGUAUGUCCCACAUUCCUCCUGCACACCCAAACAUGUUCAACACUUCAUCUCUUGCAACAACACCUCAGUACCCAGCAGGAUGUGUAAGUGGGUACGUAGGGCGUCGUAGAACUGAUCUGAUGCCUACAAUCCCAUCAAAAGAUUCACCGACAACUCCGCCCCGCAAACCAUUCGCACGUUCACCAGGUAGGGCGUAUUCCAUGUCCCGUUUAGAUCAGCUGGCUAAGCCUCGAAAGAGAACAGUUGAACUGCCUACUCUUUCGGAAACAACACCCCCUCCUUCAAAGCCCCUGUCCCGUCCUAAUCAUUCUAGUGUGAGUCGUAGUAUGAGCCACCUUGCGGUUGGCAAAGCGGGGGCGCCCCAUAAUGCGCCCCAACGUCCAAUGCGCAGGUCCGAUAGUCGCAGUAUGCACCAACUUAGCGCUGCACCAUUGCCCCCACCACGCACCACUCGGACAGCCGAGCUUCGUCAGAAAAAGCUCGUAACCAACGUGAGCCCUUCUCAGGUCGAAGGGCCUUCAAGACCGGGUAGUUCAUUAAGUCAACAGAGUGCAAGCAGCGUGGCAAGCUCCUCUGUUAGCGUACGUCAUCGCACAUCGGUUACACCAAAACGGCAACGUCCAGUGAGCAUUGCAGUGACCGGAAUAACGAGCGAUCAAAUCAAGAAUGGUCCUGUAGAGAUGAAAAAAGAAAAUAAACCACCGAUUCCGAAAGCGCGUAAGUCUAGCUUGCAAAAAUCCCAAGAAAAAAUUAUAAGAAAAAAGACAGCCGACGCCUCUCCCAAGUCAGCACUCUCCCCGGCUUCCACACCGAAAGUUCUUCAAAGUCCAGUGGAUAACAAGAGUAUAGUUAAGGAAAGUGAUAGCACUGAGAACGAAGAAAAAGACAAGAACAACGGUAUUCAACUCCCACAACCGGUAGAAAACCAAAAUGAAAUUAUUCCUGCUCAAGUAGAACAGCCAUCAUCGGCUGCUGCUGCUAUACUAGUUGACAAAGAAAUUGUAAAACCAUCUCAGGAGCCCACAAGAGUUGAGAAACCUAGUGUAGAACCACAAGAACAAAGGAAAGUAGUGGAGCAAGUCAGCCAAAUUCAAGAUAAAACUCUUGAGAGUGUACAACAAGAGCAGCAACAGUUAGCUGUAUCUUCAGAAUUACUUGAAGUUAGUGAUAUGAGUACUUCGUUUUCCUCUAAGCGACUUAUUACAACCGAAGAAGAAGCAAAGGCAGCUUUAGCAGAAAGGAGAAGACUUGCAAGAGAAGAAGCUGAACGACAAGCCGAAAUGGAAAGGAAGCGAUUGGAGGAAGAGGCGCGACUUGAAUUAGAAAGACAACAGAAAGAAGAAGAACAACAAAGACUUCUUAUUGAACAACAGCGGGCAGCCGAAGAGGCGCGUUUAAAAGAGGCCAUUAGAGAAGCACAGAAACGUGAAGAAGAAGAAAAGCAAAGAAAGGAGGAAGAACAGAGACUGAGGUUAUUAAAAGAAGAAGCCGAACGGAAAGCAAGAGAAGAAGCAGAAAGGCAGAAAGCUGAACUUCAAGAAAAACUUAAAAAUGAAGAGAAAGAAAGGGAAGCUAGGCGAAAGAGGGUUGAAGCCAUUAUGCUAAGAACUAGAGGAAAAACUAAUUCUGGUGCAACUCCUCAGUCUGAAGAAAAGAAUGAAGAAAACAAGUCUGAGAAAAUGAAUGGGUCCAAAAUAGAGACGUUUGAAAAUAAAGAAAUCGACGAGAAUAUUAAGAGCAACGUAGAAACUAAUAAAUUGGAAGAAAGUAAGAUAAUUUUGACAGAGAAUAAAAUUUCUGUUACUGAAAAUGGCCAUAAAAACGAGAAAGAUGUAGAAACCGUUAAUAAUCUAAUUCAAUUGGAUUCUCUUAAAAACGCAAAUACAGUAAUAGGUAACACGAUUAAUACGGACGAUUCAAUUAAUUCGAACGAUGGUUGGCAGGAAAAUAACACAAAAGCUGACUUAUUGAUGUGAGUCUUCAUAAGCUAAUUGUACUUUAGGUGCUUAAUAAAAUAUGUUAACCGUUAAUAAUUUUCAUAUGUUCGACAGUGUGAGUCAAUAUUUAUUGCAACUUUGUAAUUGUAAUUUUUAUUUCGAACAAAGUUAAAUAGUGGAAAGGUGCAAUAAUUCCAACAGUGUUGACAUUUAUACAUAUUAUAAUAUCUUACGGACUGAAAAUUAUUGCGAUUGUAAAAUCCUGAUCAAAUAAGAACUUAUUUACGAUUCAUGCUCGCUGCACAUCAUCUUCACUUCAAUGAUAAUGUAAGUGCCUUUACUUCAUUCGUUUAAAUUUAUUUACAACAGUAUUAUUUUACCCAUAUAUAAUAUACUUUAUCAAACAUUAGAAAUUUAUGCUGGUGAAUAAAAAUUGUGCUUUAAUAUUAUACUUACUUAGUAUAUAGUAGUUGACGAAAUAGUUUUUACGUAUUUAUUUAUAUUGCAACGAGAGGUUUUGUAAAUUAUUUGAUUAAGUUUUAAAAUCUUUAUUAGCUACCUGCUGUUAAUUUGGUAAAAAGAUUGACAUUCUAUGUAUGUUUAUAUGGAUUGUUAUUUAUACAUAAUUUUAAAUUAUUUGACCCCCGCAAAUUGCAGUAGCUAAUGAUGUGUCUGUUAGAGCUAACAAGCACUUCGUCAAAGUAGUAUCACACGUGUUGUGAGCGUGCUGUGAAGGAAUGUAUAUUUGAUCAGGAUUUUGAUUAUGUACUAUUCUUCCAGUAAGAGGACUUUGACUUGACUAGUCAUGUUGUAUGUAAAAUUCUUUUUGUAAAUGCAAAUAUUGAAUUUUGAGGUUCUUAUAAAAAGCCUUACGAUA